AUGAACAAAUUCGUUGGUUCUUCGCUUAUCUGUUUGUACUCCAAGUACGGAGAUAUCGAGGAUGCAUAUAAGAUUUUCGAUGAAAUAACAGAAAAGGAUGUUGUUGUGUAUACGUCAUUGGUUACUGGGUAUUCACUAGUUGGCGAUUACCGUGCUUAUGAUGCUUUUGGGGUUGUUCGUGAAAUGCUGAAGAAUCAGAUAGACCCUAAUCGGGUUACACUAGUGAGCUUGCUUCAGGUGGCGGCCCAAUUACAAAUAUUGAUAGAAGGUCGUACUGUUCAUGGCUUUGCAAUAAGGAGAAGAAUUGGUUGCUCAGAUGAAAUAUUUGAAACAAGUCUAUUGGACAUGUAUAUUAAAUGCAAGGCUACACAAAUAGCUGAUUGUUUAUUCAGAAAACUGAAUGUGAGAACUAUUGGUAGCUGGAAUGCUAUGAUUGCCAGUCGCCUUCAGACCAAACAACCAUUAGAUGCCCUGCACCUUUUUAUUCUCAUGAUCCAAGAAAAAGUAGUGCCUGACUUAAUUAGCUUAGCCAAUGUGAUCUUCUGUUUUGCUGAUUUGAAAUAUCUGCGUCUAGGAAAGAGUAUACAUGGCUACAUUGUUCGAAGUAAAGUCCAACUUGAUCUAGUAGCUACCUCUGCUUUGGUUGAUAUGUAUUCUCAAUGCAACAAAUUAGUGCAUGCAAGGAAAAUGUUUGAGAGAAUAGGGACAAAGGAUGUGAUUUCAUACAAUGUGAUGAUGACAGGUUAUCUCCAAAAUGAAUGUGCUUUAGAAGCCCUAGAGAUUUUCAUUGAAAUGGUUGGAGCAAGUGUUAGACCCAACCAAAGUUCCAUAUUGUGUGCACUUAAUGCAUUAUCUGAUGUAAAACAGAUAAAACAGGGUAGAUGCAUCCACGGAUAUGUAUUAAGACAUGGGUGUCAUACAAGUAUUGAAAUUUUCAACAAAAUCUUAAAUAUGUACGCGAACUGUGGUCAUAUAGACUAUGCAAGGAAAGUCUUCAACAUGAUAAGAUAUAGGGAUUUGGUGUCAUGGACUUCAAUGAUGAUGGGUUGCAUUUCUCAUGGCCAUGCAGAUGAAGCAAUAGCCCUUUUCCAAAAUAUGAAAAGGGAAAAACUAGAAUAUGAUUCCGUUGCUCUGAUAAGUUUGCUUCAGGCAGUCUCACAGCUAGGAUGUCUUCAUCUAGUAAAGGAAGUACAUUGUCACUUAUAUCGAGUUAAGAUGGAGCAAGAAAUACAUGUGAUUAAUUCUCUGAUAACCACCUAUUCCAGAUCCGGAGAAUUAGGAAUGGCCAGAAACAUGUUUGAGAGCAUGAAGAAGCGGCAUCUAACAUCUUGGAAUGCGAUGAUAGCUGCAUUUGGUAUGCAUGGUAAAUGUCUUGAUGCCAUCAAGUUAUUUGAGUGCAUGAGAAAAGAAGAAAUUCAACCGGAUGAGAAGACCUUUACAUCAAUACUUACUGCGUGCAGUCAUUCAGGAUUCAUAGAAGAGGGUCUGCAAGUUUUUAGGUCCAUGUUAGAAGACAAUUCUAUAAUCCCAUCAGAAGAGCAUUAUGGUUGUAUGGUAGAUUUAUUAAGCCGAGCUGGACGGCUUGAAGAAGCAUAUCAGUUAGUUAAAUGUCUACCAUCAGGACAAAGUGCUUCCGCAUUAGGUGCUUUGCUUGCUGCUUGUAGAAUGUACAGAAAUACGAAGUUGGGGGACAUCAUAGGAAGGCGCCUUCUGGAGAUAGAACCUGAGAAUUCAAGUGUUUAUGGUUCAAUAUCAAAUUUAUAUGCAGAAGGUGGAAAGUGGGAUGAAGUAGCUAGGAUAAGAGGUAUUGCAAAAGACAUAGGUUUGACAAAGAGUCCAGGGUAUAGCCUGAUUGAGCUUUGA